AUGUGGCUCCUUGAUGUCAAGAAUCGAGACUUAGUAGAGUUCGAGGAUGAGCCAAAGAUCUAUGGACGCUAUGCGAUACUCAGCCAUGUGUGGGAAGACGAAGAGGUCACAUUCCAAGACAUCCGCAAUGGAUCUGCUCUCUCGAAGCGCGGUUACGCCAAGAUAGAUUCGGCUUGCAAGCAGGCUCUCGCGGAGAAGCUGGACUACUGCUGGAUCGACACAUGCUGUAUUGACAAGACCAGCAGUGCUGAAUUGAGUCAGGCAAUUAACAGUAUGUACCGAUGGUACUACGAGGCUAAAGUCUGCUAUGCCUACCUAUCCGACGUACCCAAGGUGGACUUUGCGAAGUCGAAGUGGUUUACUCGCGGGUGGACAUUGCAAGAACUUAUCGCUCCCGGCUAUCUGGAGUUCUACGAUGAUACUUGGAGCAGGAUUGGCACAAAGUUCGAGAAGCUUCCUGAGCUGGGUGCGAUCACACGAAUCGAUGUUGAGGUUCUAAAAGACCGCACGAAGCUCCAGACCAAAAGCGUUGCGUCUCGAAUGGCAUGGGCCUCGGGUCGACAAACAGCUAGGAUCGAAGAUGUCGCCUAUUCACUCAUGGGUAUCUUCGACGUCAACAUGCCAAUGAUUUAUGGGGAAGGCCCGAAAGCUUUCGCACGUCUGCAAGAAGAGAUCAUCAAGACCUACGAAGACCCUUCGAUAUUUGCUUGGCAAGCGUGGGAGCAAUCUCAAGCUUCUAUGCUUCUCUCACCAUCACCAUUCGGCUUUCGAAAUGCUCACGAUAUUUUGUCAUGGUCCUUCGAUUGGCUCGAUGAUUCAUUCUCGUUACACAAUAAAGGCCUUCGCAUCCGUCUCCCGGCAAUUGAGAAUGAGGAGGAUCCUAUGCUCCUCACCGCCAUCCUGAACUGUCGCUUCUCGAGCAGUACCAUGCGGCAGAUCGCCAUUCUACUCCGUCGCCAUCCGCCAGGCAUGAUUGUGCCUCGUCGGGAAAUGACAAAUGUGGUAUGCGAGAUGGCUCCAGUUCGAAAUUCCGAGGGAACAUUCACAGCUUUCAAGAAUCUGGACCGAAAGUUCUUG